AUGAACGCUGUACGCCUCGAUCUUGCUAACGAAUACGAGCGAGUCCUCUUUCUCAAGGUCGAAGCGGAGCAGCAAGCCGACGUCGACGCUGUCCCAUCCUUCAUCGUCCUCCGCGGGCACACCCUCCUCGCCUGCAUCGCCGGCGCCGAGGCGCCCGCCGUCCAGACGCACUCCCACAAGCCCGGCUUUACACCUCAAUCCACGACAGGUCAAGCGCCCCCGCCUCUAUCACACGCCGACGACAAGAGCCCGGAAGAGCUUGAGCAGCGACUGCGAAAACUAAUGGGACAGGACAAUAUCGUGAUUUUCAUGAAAGGCCUGCUCGAUGCACCCCGUUGCGGUUCCUUCAGACGUGCAGUCGCCCUCCUCCGCGACAAGCAUGCCGUCUUCGCCAGCUAUGACAUACUCUCCGACGACAGCGGAAGAAAAGGGCUGAACGCUCAACAAUGUGCCUAUGUUGCCAAGUUCGUCGACGAUGGCAAGUUCGUCGGUGGCCUCGACGUCGCCACGGAGAUGGUCGAGAACGACGAGUGGGCAGAGGUCGCCGGUGAGAAGGCGUGA